UGGUAGCCUUCGUAGUGGAAAGAAACAAUGUAUAAAGCACAGUAUGAGUUGAAAUCCAAUCCAUCCAUAAUCUAUUUUGGUUUUGUUUGUCAUUCAAGCAGUAUUUCAUUGUAUGCAGAAUACAUCUGUUGCUCUGUUGAUUUGACUUGCGAUCUCAGCCUUGAUGUUCUGUUUGGGCCGUCCAUUUGAGCCCCGGUUGGGCCCGUCUCAGCCCACGCUUAUCCGCUUAUGUGGAGGCAGGCAGGCAGGCGGGGGAAGACGAACUGCCAUUGUAGAAAAUCCCCGCCACUACAAGCCCUAGCCGCCCACAUUCCCGCCAAAACAAGAACCUAGCCUCCUCCGGCGAUCGCCGGAGGCCACAAUCCCAACCCCGCACUGCCGCACAGGAUGCCGAGGAAAGCAAAGCCCGCCGCCCAAGCCACCGCGGCGGCGACCACCGCCACCGGCGUCCAGUACUGGCUUGUGAAGACGGAGCCGGGUGAGUGGUCGUGGUCCGACCAGGCGAGCGCCCCGGGCGGCGUCGCGCCGUGGGACGGCGUCCGCAACCACCAGGCCAUGAAAAACCUCCGCGCCAUGCGCACCGGUGACCGGUGCCUCUUCUACCACUCCGGCGCCGGCGCCACCUCCCGCCGCGUCGUCGGCGUCGUGGAGGUCGCCCGGACCUGGUACGAAGGGGAGGGGAAGGAUGCGGCGGCCGGCGGCGCCGUGGACGUGCGGGCGGUCGGGGAGUUCCGUAACCCCGUCCCUCUAGGUGACAUCAAGAAGGCGGCGGGCGAGGUGGAGGGGAUGAGGGAGUUCGCGCUGCUUCGCCAGCCGCGGCUGUCGGUGAUGCCCGUGCCGUCCAAGGUCUGGGACUGGAUUUGCGACGCCGGUGGGGGCUUCGUGCAGGACGGCGAAGCUGAGGAGGGGGAAGAGGCUUGAUUCUGCAGCCGUCAAGGGUAACGCCGCACCUGCAAGGCGGCAUUUUGUCGAGUCCUUUUCGGCCUGCACUGCAAGGGGUGCUCAGUAGGCAUCUCGGCACCCCUUUCUUCAGAAGAGGGAUGAUAUCAGAAGUAUUCAGUUCAUCACUUCAUCUUUCUUCAGCGUUUGCCGUCUCGGAACCGAAGUCUGCCAUACAAGGCGUGUAGGUACUAGUUGAUCUCUGUAAGUUCAGCGGUUGAUAUAGCUGGAGUAGCUUGGUUCUAUGUAGUACACUAGGUGUUGCGUGUGCCUCCUUUUGUAGCUUGUGACUUCCUGUAACCAGGAACUAACAUCUACUUGCUGCCCUGAAUGGGCAAGUUGGAUGCACGGUUCACUGAAGUUUCAAGCAGGCAGUUCGUGCUUUCGAUGCUACGGCAUU